AUGAGAGGAGGCGGUCUCUGGCAGCUGAGCCAAAUCCUGACCCGCCGCCUCUCCCAGUCCCAACCCCUCCACCGCAAGCCCUUCGCCGCCGCCGCCGCCGCCGCCGAGACCCAGCUCAAGAAGACGGCCCUGUACGAUUUCCACGUGGAGCAUGGGGCCAAGAUGGUUCCCUUCGCCGGGUGGAGCAUGCCCAUCCAGUACAAGGACUCCAUCAUGGACUCCACGGUUAGCUGCCGCCAGAAUGCCGGCCUCUUUGAUGUCUCUCACAUGUGCGGCCUCAGCCUCACCGGCCGCGACUGCGUGCCCUUUCUCGAGCGCCUUGUCAUCGCCGACGUCGCCGGCCUCCGCGACGGCACCGGCACGCUUACCGUCUUCACCAACGAGCGCGGCGGCGCCAUCGACGACUCCGUCAUCACCAAGGUCAAGGACGAUCACAUCUACCUAGUCGUGAAUGCCGGGUGCAGGGACAAGGAUCUCGCCCACAUCGGGGCCCACAUGGAGGCCUUCAAGGCCAAGGGAGGGCACGUCGGUUGGCACAUCCAUGAUGAGAGGUCCCUGCUCGCCCUCCAGGGUCCCCUGGCUGCACCAGUUCUUCAGUUGGUAACAAAAGAGGAUUUAAGCAAAAUGUAUUUCGGUGAGUUCCAAAUGCUGGACAUCAAUGGAACCCAUUGUUUCCUCACGAGAACUGGGUACACUGGCGAAGAUGGCUUCGAAAUCUCUGUUCCGUCAGAGCAUGCUGUAGAUCUUGCAAAAGCAAUCUUGGAAAAGUCUGAAGGGAAGGUAAAGCUGAUAGGAUUAGGUGCUCGUGACAGUCUCCGUCUUGAAGCUGGCCUUUGUUUGUAUGGUAAUGAUAUGGAGCAACAUGUCACCCCAGUUGAGGCUGGCCUCACAUGGGCAAUCGGGAAGAGAAGAAGAGCAGAAGGUGGCUUCCUGGGUGCAGACGUAAUCUUGAAGCAGCUUGAGGAGGGCCCACCGGUUAGGCGUGUUGGUUUCUUCUCAUCAGGCCCACCACCGAGGAGCCACAGCGAGAUUGUGAGCGGCACCGGGGAGAACAUAGGGGAGGUGACCAGUGGAGGAUUUAGCCCAUGUUUAAAGAAAAAUAUAGCAAUGGGUUAUGUGAAAUCUGGUUUCCACAAGCCUGGGACUGAGGCUAAGAUUGUCAUCCGUGGGAAAUCCUAUGAUGCGGCCGUGACAAAGAUGCCAUUUGUUCCAACCAAGUACUAUAGGCCCACCUAAACUCUGGAAUUUGUUCAAGUUGUCCCCUCUCUUCACAUGUUUCUGACAAGUUAAUGAAUGUGAGUUAACAUUCCUUCUGAAUCACAAUUUAAAUAUGGAAACAGUUUUGCUUCUUGUGUUC